GCUGUCAGUGUGCACAGUUCCUUCUUGGAUGCAUCAGUUGUGAUACAUAGGUUGAUAUAAAUGAAAAACGUUUUUAUAACGUCGAGGUUAAGAUAGACAGAAAUAUGCCGCAAGGAACAAGAAAAAAACCAUUUAGCGGUAAAGCAAAGAGACAACAAUUGCAAAUUAAAAAACAACGACAAAAUCCAACUUUGUCUACUGCAAGUCACAGUAGAGACAGUGGAGAAAGUUCAAAUGAUAUUGAUGAUUUUGCGUACGGUGUACAAAAGAUUAAUAAGCAACCGAAAGAUGGGAAUUCUUCCAAAAAUAGGUAUGCUUUACAAUUCUUCCAAGAAACUAAGGAAGAAUUGAUGAAACGAAGAGAAGAUGCUAAUAGAACUAUCCAAUGUUUAUCAUACGAAGAACUAGAAGUUUCUGAUGAUUACUUCCCAUCAGAAAUUGACAUGCCCAAAAGACCACCUUGGGAUUUCAAUAUGACAAAACAACAGUUGGAACUAAGAGAACAAAAGUACUUUACAGAAUAUCUCAAAGAAAUGAGAAAAGUAGACAACAUCAGCUAUUUUGAAUUGAAUUUAGAAACUUGGAGACAGUUAUGGAGAGUUCUUGAAAUGUCUGAUAUUUUAUUAUUUAUUAUUGACAUCAGAUAUACUGUCCUAAUGUUUCCCCCAUAUUUGUACCAUCAUAUAACAAAAGAGUUAAACAAAGACAUGAUUUUAAUAUUGAACAAAGUUGAUUUAGCUCCUCCAGCUCUAGUAGUAGCAUGGAAAGAAUAUUUCCAUGAGAUGUACCCUAAAUUACACAUUCUACUGUUCACUUCGUAUCCUACUUACAAUUUACAUGGUAAUACAUCAGAAACAGAAGGACUAAAAAUGAGUCGUAGAAAGGGAAAAUUAAUAAUGGCUGCAGAAGGAGCUCAAAAAUUACUAGAUACUUGUAAUGAAAUUGUUGGAGAUCAAGUAGAUUUAACUUCUUGGCAUAAAAAAAUUCAAGAUGAAUUGCAAAUGGAAUUUAGUUUAGAUGAAAUUGAUCAUAAAGACAGUGUUACUAUUACUAAAGAAGAUACAAGUUAUUUUAAGCAUGAACAAUAUAAAAAUGGAGUCUUGACUAUCGGUUGUAUUGGAUGUCCAAAUGUUGGAAAAUCCUCGUUGAUGAACGCGUUAAUGGGAAAGAAAGUUGUGAGCGUAUCGCGCACACCUGGACAUACUAAACAUUUUCAAACUAUUUUCCUUACGAAAAAUGUUUGUCUCUGCGAUUGUCCGGGAUUAGUAUUUCCAUCGAUAGUACCGAAGGAACUACAAAUUUUAAUGGGUUCCUUCCCAAUAGCUCAAGUUAGGGAGCCUUAUUCGACAAUUAAAUUCCUUGCGGAAAGAGUAAAUCUACCGAAAAUAUUAAACCUUCAGCAUUCGGGUAGGGAAGAUACAUGGUCCGCGAUGGACAUUUGCGAGCAUUGGGCUAUUAAACGAAACUUCGUAACUGCACGGGUUGGUAGACCUGAUACAUACAGAGCUGCUAAUGCAUUGUUGAGAAUGGCGCUCGAAGGAAAAAUUUGUAUGUAUGUGUAUCCGCCAAAUUGGGGUGUCAGCAAAGAAAACUGGGAGGACCAUCCUGAAGUUGAAUUCGUGAGGUGGAUUCAAGCUAGAAAUAAAGCAGAAGAUGUUAACGAGGGUAGAAGAGUGUCCGUGUCUUCAGAAGAAGAAGAUACAGACGAACAUUCGGAAAUAGAUUCAAACGAAGAAUCCGACGAUUCCAAUAAUACUUCGGACGAUGAAUCGAAGAUACGCGUGGUUAAUAAAUUCGAAAUAUUGUCCGCUGAUCUAUGAAAAAUGAACCCUUUAUUGAUUA